CUCAGAUUCUUGUGAAAAUUAUUCAUGGCGCCUGCCAAGAAAUCAAAGAGUGUGAAGAAGCGUUUCUUGAAUGUUAACGAGGAGUCCCCUGAUAAGGAUGGAGGCAACGGGGGCAAAACUAAGCAACGGAAGAGGAAAUUUCCUGACAUGUUAGGGUCUCAGUGGAGCAGGGAGGAGCUUGUGCGGUUUUAUGAAGCCUACCGGAAGUAUGGGAAAGACUGGAAGAAGGUUGCUGCUGCAGUACGCAAUAGAUCUGUGGAAAUGGUGGAGGCCCUUUACAAUAUGAAUAGAGCAUACUUAUCACUUCCAGAGGGAAUAGCAUCUGUUGUUGGGCUAAUUGCAAUGAUGACUGAUCACUAUAAUGUUCUGGAAGGGAGUGAUAGUGAUCAAGAAAGUAAUGAUGCAUCAGUGAUAUCUCAAAAACCUCAAAAACGUGCUCGAGGAAAAUUUCAAGUUAAUGUCUCAAAGGCGGAGGGAAAUUUUCCAGAUUUGUUGCAUUCUCAGUCAAUGUCAUCAAGUUAUGGGUGCUUAUCAUUAUUGAAGAAGAAGCGCUCUGGUGGUAGCCAACCUCGUGCUGUAAAAAAAAGGACCCCGCGCUUCCCUGUUUCAUAUACAUAUAAUAGAGAUGAUAAGGAAAAGUUUCUGUCACCAAAUAAACAAGGUCUGAGAUCACAUAUAGAUGCCAAUGAUGAUGAUGUUGCCCACGAGGUAGCAUUAGCUCUAGCAGAGGCUUCACAAAGAGGCAGCUCUCCUCAAAUUUCUCAAACACCAAACAGAAGAAUUGAGCGUAUGAGAUCAUCAUCUGUACAGAAUGGUGAAAUGAUGCGUGCUGAAUCAGAGAGGACGACCACGGAGCUUGUUGGUAUUGCAACAGAUGAUGACUUUUUGGAAGGAAGUAAUGGAAGUAGGGAAGCAGAAAAUGGAGAAUUUGCCAGAGAUGCCAAUUACCCGAUGGAUGCUGAAGGUGGUACGGUAGAAGUUCAGUGUAAAGGGAAAAAGUUUCACAGGAAGAAGCUAAGAGUUGAAGGCAUCGAUAACAAUCAUUUUGAUGAUGUUAAGGAAGCAUGCAGUGGCACUGAAGGACUUAGUUUGAGUAAUAUUGAAGGAAAAGUUGAAACUGAAGUAACAAAUGCAAAAUCUGAGAGGUUCUCUUCUCACGGUCCUAGGAAGAGAAGCAGGCAGCUCUUCUUUGGAGACGAAAGCUCCUCCUUAGAUGCCCUGCAAACUCUGGCAGAUUUAUCUUUAAUGUUGCCACCAUCUACAAUUGAAUCUGAGUCAUCUGUACAGUUUAAGGACGGGAAGAGAACUUUGGAUAUUGUUGAUAAGCCUAGUGCACCCGGAGCUAUGUCUGCUAACCAGAAAAGAGAAAAAACUAAAACCACUGCUGGUAGGGAGAGAGGGCAUCAAUCAACAGUUGGAGUUGAAGCCACUGUCCAAAGAAGUGCCCAGCUAGGGAGGGACUCAGGUCUCAAUGUUAGUGCUCUUACUGAAGCAAAGCAACCAGCUUUCCAGUCUACCCCUAAAAUGGGGAAAAGGAAAUGCAAGUCCUUGGCAUCAAAAUUGCAGAGUCCAAAAGGUGAAGUCCAUGUUGAUCCUUUUGUUGAUGAACGUCCGAAAGCUGAGGCUUUGGCUGAGGAAGGAAAGAAACCCAUUAGUAAAGCUAAACAUACUAAUCAAAUUGCUCCACUGCACAAACAAGGGAAUUGGGUCAGAGCUGCAGAAUGUUCUUGUGCUACUGAGGCACAGAAGACAGGGGCCGAUUCAGCUGCAUCAUCUGAGCAGGUUCCUACUGCAAAUCCAGUUAACUUACCAACUAAAGUUAGGAGUAGGCGGAAGAUGCGGAAGGAGUUGAAGUCUUCUGGGAGUGUUGGAACUGACAAACCUACUAAAAAAAAUGCUCCUGCCCUUCAUGACAUGGCACUUGAUCUUAAGGAAAUGCUUUCUCAUUGUUUAUCAUCACACUUGCUUCGUCAAUGGUGUGCUUAUGAGUGGUUCUAUAGUGCUAUUGAUUACCCAUGGUUUGCUAAAAGAGAGUUUGUGGAAUACUUAAAUCAUGUUGGAUUGGGGCACAUCCCAAGGUUAACCCGUGUUGAAUGGGGUGUCAUAAGGAGUUCCCUUGGGAAACCUCGGAGGUUAUCUCAACAGUUUCUACGAGAAGAGAAGGUCAAACUUGAACAGUAUCGUGAAUCUGUCAGAACACAUUAUACUGAACUCCGUGCUGGUGUUAGGGAAGGACUUCCCACAGACCUAGCUUUGCCUUUGUCAGUUGGCCAACAUGUUGUUGCUUGUCAUCCCAGGACAAGAGAAAUUCACAAUGGGAGCAUAUUAACAGUUGAUCGAAACAGGUGCCGGGUUCAGUUUGACAGGCCUGAAUUAGGAGUUGAAUUCAGGAUGGAUAUUGAUUGCAUGCCUUCAAAUCCAUUAGAAAAUAUGCCUGAAGCUCUUCAGAAACAGAGCGUCACACUUGAUAAGUUCUGUGAGAACUUCAAUGAGCAUAAAUUGAGUCGACCCAGUGACAGUAAAGAGGGAGGUUACAUGAAAUUUGCCUCAAGUGAGCUAGAGAAUUUGAAUGGUCUUCCAUGCAUUUCUUCGUCAUCUUCUCCAAUGAACACCUUACUGAAGCAGGGAAAGGUGGCCACAGCCAAUGGCAUUUCACAAGCUAAGGCUGCAGCUAGUGAUAUUGUUGAUGCGCAAGAAGCAACAUAUACUCAGCCUUGUACUCUGGCACAGAUUCAAGCAAGGGAAGCUGACAUACAAGCGCUUUAUGAGUUGACUCGUGCUCUUGAUAAAAAGAAAGCUUUGGUGUUGGAGCUGAGACACAUGAAUGAUGAAGUAGAGGGAAACCAGAAAGAUGGGGAGAACUUUAUUAAGGAUCUUGAGCCUUUUAAGAAGCAAUACGCCAUGGUACUCUUACAGCUACAGGAAGCCAAUGACCAGGUUUCUUCUGCUCUGCUUUACUUGAGGAAGCGAAAUACCUACCCGAGAAAUCCCCAGUCUCCAUUGAUGAAGUCAGUUGCUAAUUCAGUCAGCCCUGAUGGGCCACCAGGCUCCUUUGAUCAUUCUGGAUUUCUCUCUCCGGAAUCAGGAUCUCCUGUUGCUGAAAUUGUUGAAAGUUCAAGAUUGAAAGCUAAGACCAUGGUAUACACAGUUGUUCAGGCAAUGUUCUCUUUGAAGGAAGGCAACAAUGGUUUUGCAAAGAUUGACGAGGCUUUAGAUUCUGCAAAUAAUCUUCAUUUUGGAGCUGAUUCUGGCAUACCAGCAACUAGAUCUAUUACCUCUCCAGAUGCAGUCAAUGACAAUUUGAUGGGUUCUCAGGAUCUGUCGACUUCUUGCACAUCAGAGCCGACGACAGUUGUACAUCCAUCUGGUCCAAAGUUGAAUGGUGGUUCUGUAUUGAAUUUUGCACACAUACCCUUGGAACUUAUCUCUUCUUGCAUUGCUACUUUGCUCAUGAUUCAGACAUGCACAGAGCGACAGUACCCACCAGCUGAGGUGGCCCAGAUACUGGAUUCAGCUGUUAAGAGCUUGAAACCUUCUUGUUCUCAGAACCUUUAUGUUUAUGGAGAGAUACAACGGUGCAUGGGAAUUGUCAAGAACCAGAUAUUAGCUCUUAUACCAACAUAGACCCCAUCCAUCCAACACUAGUGUCCAUGUAAAUAUUUGACACUAGCAAGUGAAUAUAUGUUAUUUCAACUUCUCCAUUCAUCUCUGUUUCUGUAUUAGUCUCUUGUUCUUCAAUAGUGAUAAACAAAACACAUUUU